GUGCCGGGCGCCAUGUUGGAGGGCUGGUGGUAGCGGCUCGGGGAGGUGUUCGCUCUCUCGGUCUCGCUCUCUCGCUCGCUUCCCCCGGCUCCCUUCGGUGCCCCCCCCGGUCGCCUGCGUGCCGGAGUGUGUGCGAGGGAGGGGGAGGGCGUCGGGGGGGUGGGGGGAGGCGUUCCGGUCCCCGGGAGACCCGCGGAGGGAGGCGGAGGCUGCGAGGGACUCCGGGAAGCCAUGGACGUCGAGAGGCUGCAGGAGGCGCUGAAAGAUUUUGAGAAGAGGGGAAAAAAGGAAGUUUGUCCUGUCCUGGAUCAGUUUCUUUGUCAUGUAGCCAAGACUGGAGAAACAAUGAUUCAGUGGUCCCAAUUUAAAGGCUAUUUUAUUUUCAAACUGGAGAAAGUGAUGGAUGAUUUUCGAACUUCAGCUCCUGAACCAAGAGGUCCUCCCAACCCUAAUGUCGAAUAUAUUCCCUUUGAUGAAAUGAAGGAAAGAAUACUGAAAAUUGUCACUGGAUUUAAUGGUAUCCCUUUUACUAUUCAGCGACUAUGUGAGUUGCUAACAGAUCCAAGGAGAAACUAUACAGGAACAGACAAAUUUCUCAGAGGAGUAGAAAAGAAUGUGAUGGUUGUUAGCUGUGUAUACCCUUCUUCAGAGAAAAACAAUUCCAAUAGUUUAAAUCGAAUGAAUGGUGUUAUGUUUCCUGGAAAUUCACCAAGUUACACUGAACGGUCUAAUAUAAAUGGGCCUGGAACACCCAGGCCACUUAAUCGACCAAAGGUUUCUUUGUCAGUCCCCAUGACAACAAAUGGCUUGCCUGAGAGCGCAGACAGCAAAGAGUCAAACUUACAGCAAAAUGAGGACAAAAAUCACAGUGACUCUGUGACUGCUGAAUCUGAAGGUUCCUCAGUGAGCCCUAUAAAAAAUAAACACCCAGAUGAAGAUUCUGUGGAGGCUGAGGGGCAUGAGGUAAAAAGACUCAGGUUUGACAAAGAAAGUGAAGUCAGAGAGACAGCCAGCCAAACAUCUUCCAGUGAAAUUUCUUCGGUUAUGGUAGAAGAAACAGAAACAUCGUCAUCAUCUCAGGAUAAAGACAAGGAAAGUAGUUGUACCAGACAGCACUGUACAGAAGAGGAUGAAGAAGAGGAUGAAGAGGAAGAAGAAGAGUCUUUUAUGACAUCAAGAGAAAUGAUUCCAGAAAGAAAAAAUCAAGAAAAAGAAUCUGAUGAUGCCUUAACUGUGAAUGAAGAGACUUCUGAGGAAAAUAAUCAAAUGGAAGAAUCUGAUCUGACUCAAGCUGAGAAAGAUUUACAUUCUGAAGGUAGUGAAAAUACAGGCCCUGUAAGUAGUGGUUCUGAUUGCCAUGAGACAGAAGAAUUAGUAGGAUCCAAUUCCAGUAAAACUGGAGAGAUUCUCUCAGAAUCCUCUAUGGAAAACGACGAAGAAGCCACAGAAGUCACAGAUGAACCAAUGGAACAAGACUAACUAUUUAGAAACAUGUAGAUGCAGUAUUUUACAUACAGUUCUGGUUUUACACUGUAUAAAACUUUUAUGUAAUAAAAUGGACCUCUAGUUUUUACAAGAGAAGCAGGUUGUAAAAUAAAGUACUUUAUGGGAUAAAUCCUGAAAGAGUUGUACAUGUAAGAACUGUGAAUAUCAGCUCCUCUGGGUCCUGCUUACCGCUGACUUUUUUUUUCAGUCUGGUCAAAUCAGUGGUUUGUGUAUAGAUUUUUUUUUUUUUUUUUUUGAAUUAAAGUUUUUAAACUGGAAGGUAAUAAUUAUAAUUUUGAAAACCUUUUGGAGAUGAUCACAUUUAGUUUAUACAUAUGCAAGAAGUCUUUUUGUCUUGUCUCUUUCUGACAGCUCUAGCAUUUUUCAUAUUUUGGUCAUAGUUUCAACAUUUUAACAUGUGAAUUAUAGGGUUUCAUUCUGGUUUCCAGAUUUUGUUUGACUAUGUACAAUGGAACUUUAAGUCAUAUAUACAUAUAUAUAUAUAUAUAUAUACAUAUAUAUAUAUACACAUAUAUAUAUUAUUCUAAGGGGGGAAAUGUUAUAUUUUUCUGUUUCUAUAAGAGAUGAAUACAGUGGAUACUUUUUCUAUUGGUAAUGAUUGAGUUCACCUCUUUCAGAAGACAGUUUCAGUUUCUCUUCUGAGUAAUUCAAAUAAAAUCUGGCCCUUGUGAAACCCUGGAAAUAAGUCUGUUGAAAUACCAGGUUAAACACAUUCCAAGAGAUCUGUUCAAACUAAAAUUCUUUUGUAUACUUCUGAGGUGCCUGAGAAAAAGACUUCACUAUUUAUGAGAAAAUAUGCUUUAUCUUGGAAACUGUGUUCAAACAUUAGCUUACUAUUUUGUAGAAUGAAUGCUGACAUGAGACCAUCUCAAAAGAACCCGGCAGGUUCCUUGACCUUUUGCUUGCUUUUCUCAACAUUGUGAAUAUUACACAUUUCUUUCUAAAUUAUUCUAGAGUAUGCAAAUGUCAUUGGUGUGAAACCCCACUGUACUGGAAGAAUUAAUAUAUUACUAUAGUAAUGUACUGGAGCUAAAUGGCUGAAGCUUUAGGGGUGCAUAGAAACCACCAUAAUUUGUAUGACAUUUUGAAGUGAAUUAAAUAUUUUUGAACAUGCUUCUUCGACAGCCAGUGUUAUAUUUUUCAGAUUAACACAAAGCACAAUGAUUACUCUAAACUCAAUAUUUUCAAAUUCACAUAUUUAAAGUCAUGCAAGCUGCAACUUCCCUGUCAAAAUUACUGGCUGCCAAAUUUAUACCUGUUUCUUCAGCUGUACCUUUUGAUAUUUAGAAUUUUUAAAUUUCUGUAAAGUAGAUUUUGUAGAAUGUAAUGUGUUCACUGCCUUUGUGAAGCGGUAUAUAAUUGUAUAAUUUCUGUGUGUAAACUGAAUGCUUGGGCUUUCAAUACAGUAUUCAUAUAAAGCAAUAAAUAUUAAUGUUAUGAAAUAUUCGAGUACAUUUUUAUCAAAAUACAAAAGAAUCCCUUUUUUAGUUUCAGAUAUCUGAAUUACACAAAUGAACUUAGAAAACUGAUGCAAACAGUUUCUGACACUGUAUCAUAAUCCUUGGGGUGAUGUGGGUGGCAAUUACAACUUUUGCAUUUUGACUACUUAAAUUGCUAUAAUUACCAAAUUGGGCUCUGUUUAUGUUUAUAGGGUAAUAUACUACUGACUGACUUGACUGUCAGGUUCACAGCAGCUAGAUGAUAUAUUUAUGAAUAUGUCUAAUAGUUGACAUAAAAACUACAUACUGAUUUACUGUGUCCAGGAGGGGAGAAAAAAAUCACACAUUGUAAAUUUUUAGAAAAUUUUUUGCAAAAAUGUUAAAAUGAAGCAAAUUUUAAAUGUGACAUUCAUUUGUAGUGACUUAUUUUGUUGAGGGAUAUUUUGCCAAUGAGAACAGAUUUUAAACAUUUUAAGUUUAGAAAUUUUAAACUUUUCUUUAGAAUAUUUAUGAAAUUAUUGUCAAUAAACCUAUUCUUUAAGAUCCUGUGACCUUUGAUAUUUUUUGUUUUAAUUGUGCCAUGGACCAUUUGUAAACAAAUCAGUUUACUUUUGUUGGUUAUAAGUUGAAGAUUUAGCAACAUGAUUUUAAGGUCUGUGGUUUUAUUUGUAAACUUGCAAUUGCUAUUUUUGCAAGGGCAAAUGUAUUUCUUUAUUAAAUAAAGUACAAUAAUGGUGAAUGUACCAAAAUGCCAUCAUUUAACUCUAUGAGAGAUCUGCAUUUUAAUCUAUAGUUUAAUAGUUUUAAUAUUUAUUAGAUAUUCAUAUGUUGAUCAUAGAUCAAACUUGUUGCUGUUUAUACAGAUAAUUGUAGAAUGCUCAUGGGAUAUAUUCUUUAGGAUAGGUGGAAUACUUCUGUAGUUAAACUGGGAAACCUUGUUCAGCUGGUUGAAGAUAUUGAUGCCCAUUUGGAAGUAGAUUUCCGCAAGUAUGCAUAGGUGCACUUACACAGACUUUGCUUAAUGAAAAUACGAGUUUUAAUAAUAACUGAUUGAGAUGUGAAUCUUUUAAAGGCUAAUUUUAGGCACAUUUUCUUAACACACAUCAGCAAAGUCAUUAAAAGCUCUAAAUGAAGCAUCAAGACCUCAGUGAUUAAAAAUAAUUAUUUUCUUUUUUUGGCCUUGAGCAGAUUGUUUACCUGUUAGAAUCUAGACUCUGAACCCAACAUGUGAAAAGGACUUUCAGUGCUGAUGAGGAUACAGAGUGUAUAUGUACGAUGUUUUUAGCACUUUCCCGUUUUAAAAAAGUGAAAACAUUAUCCUAGUACAUUUUUCAAAAUACAUCUUUUCAGGUCUGAAAAUGUAGCAGAACAGAGACGAGUAGUGGAAAAUGUCCUAUUUUAAAUGUUGAUUAUUAAAUAAGUUUAAUCCAGUUAGGGUUUAUUGUAACUACACCUUUCACACGUGUGGACAGAGAGCAGUGGGAUUCCCCAUCAGGGGGCUGUCACCCUUUGGCUUGGGAAGGCGUCCCAGAAAUCCUGCAUCAGAAGGUAUAGCCCGUGAAAGCAUGGAGGUUCAGAGUACUUUGUCUUGGUGGUGUAGAUAGGCAUGUAUUU